GAGCGCCACGACACGACGAAUUUUAAAAAGGAAAUAUUAUAAAAUAACGUAUUUAUUUACCAAAUGUUUGUGUAAUAAAUUGAAGUGCCGUUCAAAGUGUGUUUGUGCUUUGUUUUGUGAAUACAAAAGGAUUGUCGCUACGAUAAUCUUGCAAGAUGGCCACCAAAUCGUACAGCAAACACAAAGAAUACAAGGAGUUCUCAUCAAGCGGCACCGUCCCGUACACCGGAGAACAAUUGGAUAUGAUUAAGUCCGAGCUACUCCCGAAAGGCAGUAAGCUGAACUCGCUCGGGCGCGGUGGGGCUGGUACAAGGGAGUACCACUACGAGUACAAGGAGGAGACACUUCCUGCCGGAAAGUAUGACAGGAAGGACUAUAGGGCUGUUGAGGAGUUCACCAUCCCUCCGAAGACAGCCGAAAGCAGCACUUACUACUACCAGAAGGAGGAGCGGGAGCUCCCGGCCCCGACCUGUGGAACACGCACCUACAACUAUGAGUCCAGCCUCAGCUCUACACCUGGCUAUUCGAAGGUGAAGAGUUCGAAGACGACCAAAGACCUGACGCAAAACGUGGAAGAGCUGGACUCUCUUCUCGACGACCUGCAAAAGGAUCAAGAGCGACAGCUAUACAAGAGUGGGUACACUUCAGAUACAGCCGAAAGCACAUCAUUUGACUACAGACGAGGAACCCCAGUGAAGCCUACUCCGUCAAGCGGAUAUUCGACCCUGAAGCGUGAAGAACGGCUGGAGAGCUCCUCAUGGGGGUCGAGCCCCCCGCCCCCUGUCGCCUCAGUCCCCGCUCAUUCCUCACUACGACAAGAAGUCUAUAGAGAGGAAAAAACCGAGUCCCGUGUGAUCCCGGCUCAAGUCCCAGCCGCUGUGCCGCAGCUAGUGCCGGCCCCGACCUGCACCCAUUGCCACCAGCCGCCAGCCACUGGCACGCUGUCGCGCAGCAGCACCCCCAUGAACAAGGUGACGACUACAGUCAAGACCUACACGUACGAAGUCCCGGCCGACCAGGACCCGACCACCGUGCCCAUACCGGUCGCCGCGGAGCACCACCACUCCUACGUCAGCUCCACGGACAACGUGCGAACUAGCGUCAACGCGGUACCGGCCACGUGCUCCCCCUGCCCCCCCUGCCCCCCCGCCGGCGGCUGCCAGUACUGCUCCCACUGCAACUCGCAGAUACGCGAGUACAGGACGGUCACCACCACCGACGUAAGGGACCGCAGCGGUGACCGCAUGGUGUACCCCGCCCCCGCCCCCGCCGAGACGAAGCUGCUCCCGGUCGACCCCCGCCCUGGACACGGCCCAUAUGGUCCAUCGGGCUACAAAUACAGCGAGACGACGUACUCCUCGCACAACGCGACGCAGCGCUUCCCCGCCUCCCCCUCGCCGGGCCCCUUCCCCCGCGGCUCCACCCGCUCCCCCUCCCCGCUGCCCCCCUCGCCCCCGCACGACCAGCAGACGCCCAAGAAACUGGACGAUCUACUCGCCGACUUCCCUGAAGCUCGCUUCCCAACCCAGCCGGAUGGCGUGGUCCGUCGUAAAACGGAAGUGACGCACGAGAGCUCCACCCAGUCCCGGGACGCGCCCAGCAACAAGUCGACCCUAAUCGCCGGCACCAAGAACGUGGCCGGGCCCGCCGUGUACUACCCCCCGGGACACACGCCCUUCGCCAAGAAGGACGCGCCCUUAGUGACGUCAGCCGGAUACCAGUCUAGCGCGAUGCAGGGCGGCGGCGCGUACGCUUCCGGCCGCGGCAUGUACGAGUACGAGUCCGGCUCGCGCAUGAAAGAGAAGCACUCCGAGAAGAAGACCGCCGUCCCGAUCUGUCUGCCGCUGUGCUGCGCCAUGCCUUGUGUUAUCAUGUAGAUCACCGUAUUUACGCGGAAGUGCAUUGAAAUGUAAACGCUAUGUUUUAUUUUUUACACUCUAACGUUAACGUUUACUAGAAAAUUCCCACAAUACAAUCCCAAUAAAUGAUCGGACAUUAUGGAAUCAAAACAAUAAUAAAAAAAUGUUUGUCAAUUGAAUGGAUGUUUACCAAGUGAACUGAUGAAAUUGAAUUUUAUCGGCUGGCCCGUAGUAACUAAUAUAUUAAUCUGUGGCUUUGCCGUUACCCUUGCAAUUCUGUCUUCUAGUAGCGUGAAUCAGUAUCGUAUUUUCUAUUGAAUUAUAAAAAAUGUCACAAUCUAUAUAACAUCUAAGUGGUUGUAUUGUGAUUUUACAUUUUGCAUCUGAUAAAUCACAGUAAUGAAAAUUAAAUUAAAAAUAUAUUGUGUAUAUAAUAUGGAGCUCUUAAUUUCUUUUAUUAAUUUUAAAAUUUGUUAAUCUGCCUUCAUUCGAGUUUUCGAUAUAACAAACGUUAUAAAAAUAAAACCACCUUUACAUUUCAUUGCAUUUAUUUAAUACUAGAGUAACUCUCAAACAGUAACUGUAAAAGUCAAGUGUUUGGUACCUAUUGCAUAAUACUUGCAGCGCUAGAUAUCAUGCUGUCAGUAUCACUUGUCAAACUUGAAAGAUGUCAACUUGACGUUAAACACAACAUUUUUUAUUUAUUACCUACCUACCUAUAAACUUUAAAGCAAUGCAAUGCUAUUCUCAAUCGAAAAUUACUUCUUUACACUGAGUUAAAGUAAAUAAAAAUAUGUAAAAAGUUCAAAAUAAAACGCAUAAAGAAUCCCAUUGUAAAGUUUGGUAGUAAAAUUUACUCUAGGCACAUAGGUACAUGUUGAAAUAAGGGACAUUUCUUCUAUGAAUUUAGUUACCUACUUAUUAUUUGCAAUUAAUCCGAGAACAAUUAAAUUUUUAUUGAUUUGUUAUUUAAAAUGUGAAAUUUAAUAUACUUAUUAUAAAAAAUCAAAUGGCAUAGUUUUUAAUGUAAGAAUAUAAUUGAAAGAAAGUGUAGACUUAAGUAUACUAUGUAACAGAACUUGAAUCUCCAGAUAUUUUAAUCAAUUUUAUUGUUGUGAAACUAAUAAGUGCCAUCGAUGGAAUUUUUAAGUUACGAAAUUGUGUAUAAAUAGACUAUUUAUAUGUAAUUUUUUAUCAAUAAAAUUUAUUAACUGAA